AUGACCACCCUCGACCAAUUAAGACGCUAUACCACUGUUGUUGCUGACACUGGCGACUUCAGUAUCUUGAAGAGAUUCGCCCCUCAGGAUGGAACAACAAAUCCGUCCCAUAUUCUCAAUGCUGCAAAGCAGGCACAGUUCAAGAGCAUUAUUGACGAUGCUGCCCGGCAUGGGAAAUCAAUCUCAUCAGCCAUCGAUGCGCAGGUUGAAGCUGCUCUUCUUCACCUCCUUGUUGGCUUUGGCUCCCAGAUUCUGAACUGUAUACCCGGACGAGUCUCUACCGAGGUCGAUGCUGUACACUCAUUCGAUGCCCAGAAGACCGUUGAAAUGGCGCGACAAAUCGUGCAUCUUUACGAGGGACUUGGGAUUUCCAAAGCAAGGAUCCUAAUUAAGAUUGCGUCUACCUGGGAGGGCUUUCAAGCCUGUCGCAUUCUAGAGGCAGAAGGGAUCCACUGCAACAUGACGCUUAUUUUCUCCAUGGUCCAAGCCAAGCUCGCUGCUGAAGCCGGGGCUACAAUUAUUUCUCCCUUUGUCGGUCGUUCAAUGGACUGGUGGCAGAAGAAUUUCCCCGGACGUGACUACUCGGGAGUCAAAGACCCCGGCGUCCAACUGGUCACGGAAAUUUUCCAUUACUAUACGGCCUGCGACAUCAAAACCGAGAUUAUGGCAGCAAGCUUGCGCAACAUUGACGAAUGUGUGCAUCUUGCUGGCGUCGGAUUCAUGACGAUCAACACGGCACUUCUGGAAGAGCUUCAAACGGCCGAUUAUCCUGUCCGACAGAGACUGGUUGCGGGUACUGCUCGGGAUAUUUCUCGCUCCCAAUAUCUCACGGAUGAGCCCAGUUUCCGCUUCGAUCUAUUCAAUGAUGCGAUGGCGUUCGACAAGAUUUCAGAGAGCCUGAGGAUUUUUCUCAAGGACGGCGCAGAGCUGAAGAAAAUACUCCAAGAGGCAAUUCUCUCAUGA